CAUGGCAUCCGAUAAACAACUCCGACCGGUAUAUGUAUUGCCGGUUUGCGACCGACUGCUGCACAUACCUGACCGACUCCACUCCACGCGCGACACAUAAUGAAUAGCUCCCUGGCCAUUUUUGCCUUCGUGGCGAUUGCUCUUGCCGUGGCCCAACAGCCCGAUGAACCGACCGUACUCGCUGCCGGUGGCAAGAAGCCAAAUGCCGGCGGUCCUGGCGGUCCCGUAAACUUGGAGCAGCGUACCGUCGACAACCAAAACCAACUGCUGGCAACCGCAUUCGCCCGCACCUUUCCCGAGGAUACGCCGGCCGAAUUUCAACCGAUGGUGGUGGCACUGUACGUCCGCUGCCAGGCGGAGCUGGACAACUGUGCGGACUUUCUAUGGGAAACACAUCUGCUGCGGGAGUAUCGUAACUGUGCCAUGACGCAACGGCGUCUCUGCACGCAAGAGAUGCAGGAGCUGCAGGCCCAACUACAGGCGAUGGCCGAUACGAACAACGAGCAGUUUGAGCUGUCACCGGAGGAGCAGGAAGUGCUGUCGCAGCUUGGCUAUUAGUGACCGGUGCAGCAGUUGCACUAAAUCUAUCACAAACGCUAGAGCAAAUUAUAUUCUAGUCGGCCAUUUUUAUUGCAAUCGAUCUUAGCUAAGUUUCCAGUGGAAUGCUCUGAAGAAAAACACGAUAUUAAAUAAUAAAAAAGACACUGUCGAAAGCUUA